UCCACCAGUUUGCCAGGCUCUCAGGUCAUUCGUCCUGCAGUCAUUUUGUCUUCCUGUCGCUUGUCAUUGUGCGUGGCUGGAAAAAACCCAUUAAACCUCAGCCAAAAUGGAGGCCAUCAAAAAGAAGAUGCUUAUGCUGAAGUUGGACAAGGAGAAUGCACUGGACCAGGCUGAACAAGCUGAAGCAGAUAAGAAAGCAGCCGAAGAGAGAAGCAAGCAGCAUGAAGAUGAACUUCUGCAAAUGCAAAAGAAGCUGAAGGGGACAGAGGACGAGCUUGAUAAAUACUCUGAGGCCCUGAAGGAUGCUCAGGAGAAGCUUGAGGUGGCUGAUAAGAAGGCUGCUGAUGCUGAAGCAGAAGUGGCUUCCCUGAACAGACGAAUCCAGCUAGUGGAGGAGGAGUUGGAUCGAGCUCAGGAGAGACUGGCAACGGCUCUGCAGAAGCUGGAGGAGGCUGAGAAGGCUGCUGAUGAGAGCGAGAGAGGUAUGAAGGUCAUUGAGAACAGGGCUCUGAAGGAUGAGGAGAAGAUGGAGCUCCAGGAGAUUCAGCUUAAGGAGGCAAAACACAUCGCAGAGGAGGCUGACCGCAAGUAUGAGGAGGUGGCUCGUAAACUGGUGAUUGUAGAAGGAGAACUGGAGCGAACGGAGGAGAGGGCAGAACUGGCUGAGGCUAAAUGUGCUGAACUGGAGGAGGAACUGAAGAACGUCACCAAUAACCUGAAGUCUCUGGAGGCCCAAGCCGAGAAGUACUCUCAAAAGGAGGACAAGUAUGAGGAAGAGAUCAAGAUCCUGACUGACAAGCUGAAAGAGGCUGAAACCCGAGCUGAGUUUGCUGAGAGAUCUGUGGCCAAGCUGGAGAAGACUAUUGAUGAUCUGGAAGAUGAGCUUUACGCACAGAAACUCAAGUACAAAGCCAUCAGUGAGGAACUUGACCACGCCCUCAAUGACAUGACCUCUAUCUAAAUGUCCUGAAGCACCACCAUCCUCUCAGGUUGAGGUUGCAAGACUUAGCCUUUCACUGCUGAACAUCAUCUGUUGGCUCAUUUUUUUUCUCAAUCUGCCCCCCACUUUGUUUUUAGUACUUUCUCAACGUCUCUCUGAACUUUCUCUGGUAAUCUAACAGCCAUUUUUCAUUAUAUGUUUUCUGUUUGAGGAUUGUUUUUCUGUCUGACUUCCCUCAUCACUGUACUUCUGUAAUUCUGUUCUGUACAAGUGUUAAACAACAAGGGAAAGAAAUGCUUCAGUUAAUGCAUCUGUGUCUGUGGCUGUUUUUGUUGUUCUCAAAUUUUUUAAUUUCUUUUCC